AUGAUCGCCCUUGACUUUCCUAAUUAUGAUUUGUUAUUACGUGCAAUGAUCUUUGUACUUCACAUUAAAACUAAAGAGUCGGAGAGGCAAAAUAACACAUUAUUUGAUCAGCCUUCUUCGCCUUGUCUUUUGCUAAGCUCAUCGUCAUUUGCUCCUGGAACAGCAUUAUCAAAUGAAAGUGGACAAACAAGAAAACAUUGUUGGGUCUGUUUUGCAACAGAAGAUGAUGACUUUUCAGCAUCGUGGGUGUCACCUUGUCGAUGUCGUGGAACAGCGAAAUGGAUUCAUCAGGAAUGUUUACAACGUUGGAUAGAUGAAAAACAACAAGGAAAUAGUACAAUUAAAGUAGCCUGUCCACAGUGUAAUACCGAGUACAUUAUUGUCUAUCCAAAACAGGGACCAUUAGUUUAUACGUUGGAUUUAAUGGAGCGUAUAUUGAAUCGUUUUUGUCCAUUUCUUGCUGGAGGAAUACUUGUGGGAUCGGUGUAUUGGACAGCAGUCACGUAUGGUGCUGUCACAAUUAUGCAGGUCUAUAUAUUUGUUAAUUAUUUUCUUCUCAAAAUUCUUGGUCACAAAGAAGGACUGAGUGUUAUGGAAAAAGCUGAUCCAUUAUUUUUGUUGAUUGGUCUACCAACAAUACCAACAGGACUUAUUCUGGGACGCAUGAUUCGUUGGGAAGAUGCAGUAUUAAAGUUUUGGCGAAAGCAUUCGUCGAAAUUACCAUUAAUGCAUUAUUUAUUUCCAGAAGAUCGUAUAUCGUAUUUGCCACGAUUACCAACCGAAAGAAAUCAGAAUUCGAAUCCAGCUUCUUUAACACGUUUGAUAUGUGGUGGAUUAAUUUUGCCUACAAUUGCUACAAUUAUUGGAAAGUUUUUGUUUCAACGUGUACAUUCAAACUUUCAACGAACGUUACUGGGCGGCAUAGCGUUUAUAGUUACGAAAGGUGUGGCAAAAAUUUAUUAUAAACAAUGUCAAUAUAUUCGUGAAGCUCAUAGAGAAAUAUUAAAUUAUGAUACUACUACGACAGCAACAAUAAUAGAACCAUCAUCUACUUCUUUACCGCCGACUAUUCCAUUACCAUCAAAUGCAAUAACCACCACAUUUUCAAAUCAAGAUGCUUCGUCUUCUGACACUCUAUCUUCAAUUCAAUUACCUUAUUCUUCUCCUUCUAGUGAUAUUCCAUAUGUGACAAACAAUUUAAACCAGAGUCAUUUUCCUCUGUUAUCGACUUCAUCUAAUAGUAACCAUGAUCAACAUACUAUACAACAACAGCCAUCCAUUUACACUAAUUUACCACCUUCCUCCUCCUCCUCUUCUUCUGUACAAUCUCCUUCGUCUCAAUCAUUACUCUCCUAA